AUGGUCAACCCUCAGAUUACCAACCUCGCCAUCAUCUUGGUGAUGAUGCAGGUGUCGAAGCGCGUCCCGUUCGAUGACCCGAACGUGCUCAACAUCGUGCGCGCCGUGUACGUCGUGUCUAACCUCAUCAUCGCGAGCGUCUACUUCUACGUGAAAACGCAAAUCGACAAGAAGAAGGACAUGACGGUCCUGAAGUACGUGGAGCCGGCGCCUCCGGGCAGCGGCGAGGAGCCCAAGGCGGUGACGACGACGGUGCACGCCUACGACACGGCCCAGCUCAAGCAGCUGUACAAGGCGCAGAUGAUGGGCGUGGGCAUGAUGGCCGUCAUGCACUUCUACUUCAAGUACACCAACCCGCUCCUCAUCCAGAGCAUCAUCCCGCUCAAGGGCGCCUUCGAGGGCAACCUGGUCAAGAUCCACCUGCUCGGCCAGCCCGCUUCCGGCGACCUCAAGCGCCCCUUCAAGGCCGGCGGCGGCCUCAUGGCCGCCAUGGCCGGCGCGGGCGAGAUCAAGACCGACAAGAAGAGCAUCGAGCAGGCCGAGCGUGCCGGCCGUGGCGGUGCCAAGGAGGAGUAA